AUGUCAGCAGUUUCCGACGAGGGAGUCACGUUACCACCUCUCGUCGACCAGAGCUUGAGACCUGCCAGUGCAUCUGUUCUUCCUGCGUCGAAUGCUGAGCGACAGGAGGAAGAGUAUGUUAUCCUCCCUCCUAUCGACUCGGCGAGUCGCAUGUUCGAGCAGUCGCUUGCUAGCAAUCAGCUGAUCGAGCGAGCGUCGGACGCUAGGACAGCCAAGAGCUCCUAUCGAGAUGGGGGAAGGGAAGAGUCUUCCUCCUCCUAUCGACCACAAGACCUCACAGAGAGCUCAGACGCGAAGCUCAGCUCGCCCUCAGGGCUGCGGCCGGAGAAUGCAGCACAGGAGGCUCAUAGGGAGACCGUCGCUGCUUUUCGAGAAGAGAGUGCGGGCGAGGACUCAGCAGUUGGACUUGAAGGUGAUGACGCGAGAGCAGCUGAGGUUGGAGCAGAGAAGAAGGUAACGGCAGGAGUUGCAGAGGGGAGGGCAGACUUGACGCUGAUGGGGAACUUGUCAGGCGGCAAGGAGAGGUCCACUGCCGUCUCGCCGGAGGACCAGCAAGUGGGCAAAGUGAGAGAGUCGAUCUCUGCAGAUCCAACGCAGAUCUCCGUGCACGAGGGCCACACGCUGCAUGGGAGAGAGACAGCAGAGCAGAGGUUAGAGAGGAUACGCAACAGUAACAUUCGCAAGAGCUUCCGAGAUCAAGGAAGGGAAACGCUGGAAGGCAACGUCAGCAAUCUGUCUGAUGACAUGCAGAGCACAAGGGCCUCCUCGCCCCGGCGUCCGAGGCCAGCAGAUCACGAGUUCGGCUACAAGACAGAGUUUGAGACGAAAUCUCCGGGGCUGAAUCAAGACAAAGCGCAGCGGGCAGGGCAGCAGGCGUCUGCUCCCUACGGUAAACUGCAAGGCCAUUCGGAAAGCAUGGUCGAUGUCGAUCCCUUCGCAGUGAAAAUGCAGCUGCGUCACAUGUUCUUGGGGUUCGUUGACAAGUCGGCACCUGAUCUUGAAGAGAAACCUCCCGCUGCUCUGUCGGUCGAGGCCGGGGAUGCUUCCAAGCUCAAGUUCAUUGACAAUCUACCGGAAUGGGUCAAAGGGAGUGACGAGUUUCCUCGAGGAGUUCAUGGCGAGGGGAGGAAAGAGUGGUAUGGGCAGGACGGUCAUCGAGCAGCGAUUGCCAGGAUACCAACUUCUGGAUCAAGCUCAGAGACAGACAGGACGGAGUAUCGCCUGCAGCCGGCAACAGCGCAUGGCUUUGAUGUUGGGUUCGAGCGAACCAUGGCACAUAAUUCCUUGCGGUCGCACGGCAGUCAGCUGCAGGAGAAAGAUCUAGGGGAGGAGAACUUUCAGGCUCGAGCAGAGGUGGCUGUCGCUGCUCCUAUCAAGCUUCCUCGCCAGGAGGGCUUCAUGGUAGACCGCAACAAAGAUCCUGGGAUAGGAGAGGGGAGAGCUGCUGCUCAUCGCACGACAGCUGAGAGAGAGCAGUCUGUCACUGUUAACAACGAAAUCACCGAGGAGAGCAAACUAGCUCACAAGUUUUCUCGCGUUCUCGAGGGACCUGGGAAGCUGGAAGACACAGACUACGACGAGCUUGAUCUUCGUCCCUCGCAGCUGGCGACUAAAAUCAAAGAAAAACGAGGAGCAUACGCUGUGCCCAAGGACCAGGGGCAGGAGGAGAUUCGAGAUGCUCGACCCAUUCCGAUGGAACUGCAGCUGAAGCAGAACGCGUUUGAUCGACAGAAAGGUUCAGGAGAGGACAAGAUGCGAUCAGCCUUCUACUAG